CUGCCCUGUCUCCAUAAAUACUUGGUCCCUGGGCAUGGAUCAUGGAGAGGGCCAGGAGGAAGUCGCAGAGCCUGCAGCAUCUCUUCUACCCUCCUUGACAUCUCUCCUUCGACGCUCCACAGCUCUAGUCAGACUUGUAGGUCCACAUCCCUACGCUUCGUCUUCCAAGAGGCACCCGACCCCCUGCUGCCCUUCUCCAGCCCCUGUGGCCAGCGCUCGGCGGGCACCCGCGCCCUGAGGCUGCCGCACAGUGCUCGUCGAGCAUCCUCGCGGAGGUCAUUUCGGUCCCUCUUCCGCCUUCUUCAUCCCACCUGCGGGUCCUCUUUGCGUCUCCUUCCCAGAAGCGUCACUCCAAACCCAGCUGGCGCCACUUUAGCCAGCUUGCCCUUCACGGUCCGCGCGCCCUCCUAUGCUCCGGACCUUCCAGACCACUAUGAGCUCUCCCAUCAGCAAGAGCCGCUCCCUGGUUGCCUUCUUCCAGCAGUUUUGCAGCACUGGGCAGCCCCCUAGACCCGUGACAUCGACGGCGUGCGCGCCCCCUCGGCCGCAGGAGGUGCCCGUCUGCCCACUGAUGGAACGUGGCGAGGCGCAGAACUUGGCAGCCCUGCCGGGCCCCACCAACUGGCCACUGCUGGGCAGUCUGCUGGAGAUCCUUUGGAAAGGGGGGCUGAAGAAACAGCACGACACGCUGGCGGAGUACCACAAAAAGUUUGGCAAGAUUUUCCGGAUGAAGUUGGGUUCCUUCGACUCGGUGCACCUGGGCUCGCCCUGCCUGCUGGAAGCGCUGUACCGCACGGAGAGCGCGUACCCCAAGCGGCUGGAGAUCAAACCCUGGAAGGCCUAUCGCGACUAUCGCCAGGAAGGCUACGGGCUGCUCAUCCUGGAAGGAAAAGACUGGCAGAGGGUCCGGAAUGCCUUUCAAAAGAAACUCAUGAAACCAGUGGAAAUUAUGAAGCUGGACAACAAAAUCAAUGAGGUCAUGGCAGAUUUCAUGGGUAGAAUGGAUGAGCUAUGCAACGAGAGAGGCCACAUCGAAGACUUAUACGGCGAACUGAACAAAUGGUCGUUUGAAAGCAUCUGCCUUGUGCUCUAUGAGAAGAGAUUUGGGCUCCUUCAGAAGGACGCGGGGGACGAAGCUUUGGAAUUCAUCAAGGCCAUCAAAACAAUGAUGAGCACGUUCGGGAAGAUGAUGGUCACCCCUGUCGAGCUGCACAGGAGCCUCAACACCAAGGUCUGGCAGGCCCACACGCUGGCCUGGGACACCAUUUUCAAGUCAGUCAAAUCCUGUAUUGACCAGCGGUUAGAGAAGCACUCGGAGCAGCCCGGCAGGGACUUCCUCUGUGACAUUUACCACCGCAACCAACUUUCAAAGAAAGAGCUGUACGCCGCAGUCACGGAGCUGCAGCUGGCUGCGGUGGAGACGACCGCGAACAGCUUAAUGUGGAUUCUCUACAAUCUAUCCCGCAAUCGCCACGUGCAACAAAAGCUUCUUAAGGAAAUCCACAGUGUGUUGCCUGUGAGGCAGAUGCCACAGGCGGCGGAUGUGAGGAAGAUGCCAUAUUUAAAGGCCUGUCUGAAAGAAUCCAUGAGACUCACCCCGAGUGUGCCAUUCACAACUAGGACCCUUGACAAGGCAACGGUUCUGGGCGAAUAUGCUUUACCCAAAGGGACAGUGCUGAUGCUAAAUACCCAGGUGUUGGGGUCCAAUGAAGAACACUUUGAGGAUCCGAGUCAAUUUCGACCCGAUCGAUGGCUUCAAGAGAAAAAGAAGAUCAAUCCUUUCGCACACCUGCCGUUCGGCAUUGGGAAGAGGAUGUGCCUCGGUCGCCGGUUAGCUGAGCUUCAGCUGCACUUGGCUCUAUGCUGGGUAAGACCCCGGCUGGCUUUCUGUGCUUGCAUUCGGUGCUUUCCUACAAGGCAGGAGAAGAGGGCUAACUCUGCCCUUUUCUGUGUACGGUGUGUGUUCCAGAUCGUCCGCAAAUAUGACAUCGUGGCCACGGACCUCGAGCCGGUAGAGAUGCUGCAUUUGGGCAUCCUGGUGCCCAGCCGGGAGCUCCCCAUUGCUUUCCGCCAGCGAUGAGAGGCUGCAGGUGUUCCAGGAGCUGCCCCUUCCAUGGAUAAUGGCACUUAAGAAAGUAUCUGUCUCAGGGAAGUGGAUGAAGUGUUGUCUUCCAGGUCGAGUGCUGGCUUCCACUUGACCAAGGUCAACACCAUCCGGACUUACAGGGACUUGCCUGUGAUCUUGUCCCCUCCUGCAUUUUCCAUGAUGUGAUAGAAAGGCUGGGCACCUGUGGGUCAGGUACAAGUCACUGAACGUUUCUGUCCCUGCCCAGCCAAAUCCUCCACUUGAACCUUUACUCCCAUGGUGUUAGGUUACAGAAUCACAAUAAAAAAAACUACUAUAGCCAAAUUGUCUGGGGCUCAGGGUAAUAUUGACAAUCCAUUUAUUAUAACUGCUUAAUGUAAGGUUUGGAAAAACAUUUUAUAAUAUAAAAAACAUUAAUAAUGUAAGCCAAGCUACAUGUUCCUGGGCCGCUGCACUUUGAAAUGGGAGCAUCACUGGGAAGUUAGAGAAUACCUCUAUUAGCAGUAGGUUAAUAAAGUCAAAACUUCUUAUAUAAAAAGACCUUAAUGAUUUACUAUGGCAUCGUUUGGUUAAAGGGUCCUGAAAUUCUUCACUCGGUUAAUGUAUUUCCUCUAUGGCAUUAAGGAGUUGGAUCAAUAGUUUUAAAUUGUAUGUGUAUGCAUGUAUUCUAAUAGCACUUUGUUUAAGUCAUAUUUUAAAAUAUAUGGUAUUUCAUUUAGGAUCUGUGGUUUGAGACAAUGUUAUAAUGUUCAGCCAGAGCUUAAAAAUAUGUAGUAACUUCCCAUGGCUUAAUUUUGCAUCUAUAGAAUGGGGCAGUAGCAAAGUGCAUGUAUGUUAUAGAUUAAUUCUAUCUGGGGGAGGCAAAGGUAGGUUUACAGUUGCUCAAAUAAAUAAUUAAUAAAAACGAACCCAAGGAUAGACCCUGUGUUUCAUAUACAACUGUAAACCUACUUUUGCCCACCCCUGUAUAAUUAGUCUUAUUAAGACUGAUUAUAAACUUCAUCAGGAUGUCCCUCACGGAUGAGGGACAUUUAAAAAGUUUAAAUUGUCCCUUGAUUAAGGCGAUUUAAACUUUUUGGGCAAAUAUGAUUUCAUAAAUGGGAAAUGCAUAGAGAUUUAUGCAAUGCUUAUAAAACUGUUUUUAAAAAUUGUGUUUACAUAUGGUUUAUUUACACAUAUUUUUACUACCACUUUUUUUAAAAGCAUACUAUAUACUUCUGUAAUUUGAUAAAGAUUUCCCUUUUCAGGUUAUAUUUUUAGAAUAGUUCAGGAGUGUACAUUUGUAUCUUUAUAUUUGAAUACAUAUGUACAGUUUGCUAAAAUAGGUAUAUGCUUCCUCCUUGCUGUGAAAUUAUUU